AUGGAAUCAAUGAAGAAUGGAGUUUUCGUUGCCUCCUCCAAAUUAAAAGAUCUUCUCGCGUACUACAAUAAUCCCAUGAAUGACAAAAUUCAACGACUACAAAUGGAAAUUGACACUGUGAAUGAAGUUCAAUCUGAAAAUAUUUCUAAAAUUUUAAAAGCUCAAACCUUGAUCAAUGAUCUCGUGGGUGACACUGAACGAUUGGAUGAUCAAGCUCAAGAAUUUAAAAGACACACACAAAAGGCGAAAUGUUUCAUGUCUCUUGAUCAUCUCUCUAAGGACGUUAUUAGUGAAUUGAAGGAAGUUUUUUCAUUGUUUGAUGAGGAUGGAAAUGGAUCCAUAAGUAUGGAAGAGCUUGGCAAUGUGAUGGAACAGCUGUCAUCGAGGCCUUCCGAUGAAGAGUUAUUGCAUAUGUUUAAAUUGGUUGAUGAAAACCAUGAUGGAAAGAUUGAAUUUGAUGAAUUUGUCAAGCUUUGGACCUCACAAUGUUCUCAACCGACCACAGAUGAGGAGUUAAAACUAUUUUUCGAUACAUUCGAUAAGGACAGGAGUGGUUUCAUUGACAGGAAAGAAAUGGCAGAGAUUCUUGAGGCUAUGGGAGAAACAAUUAGUGAAGAAAAGAUUGACACCAUUCUUCAGGAUUUGAAACUUGACAAAAACCCACAAAUUUCCUUCGAGCAAUUCAAGCAAUUUUUGUCUCAAAAAUAG